CUUCUUGUAUCUACUUUCACACCAUCAAUGAAUGCCACUGACGGCGCUCCUGGCAGCACCAGGCAAGACUGGGUGCUUCCACACCACGCGGCCCCUCAAUGCCCUUCGUCGCUGUACUUGGCGAUUCCUACCAGAUUCAGCAGUCAGUGAGGCUACAAGAUGGCAGGCUGGCGCACGUAUAGCAUGUGGCGUUGGAAAGCGAUCCUUGAGCUCUGGCGCUCCGCCACAUCUCCAUCACCCUAAAUCCGAUCCACUUUCGCACCAGGACCAACCAAACUCCGAAGCCACUCCAAGCUCAGACGACCCAGAUCAAAUCCGCGCCCAGAGAACAUACUCAAGCCAUUGCAUUCAUGACUCUGCUCUUUCGCCGCAAUUCGAGGCGCCUCCCCCGCCAGGACGCACGGUGAAGCGCUUCCGGCCGAGCCCAGGUGGUUACCUCCUGAAAGUCGCAAACCACCACACCCCCAACCUUUAUUUUACUCCUCCGAGCCACAAAGUGGACCUCUCAUACAAUAGUGUUCGGACGCUAGUAGACAAAUGGAGUUUUAUUCCACCAGGGUCCACGAAGCGGUCUCCCUCCGCUGAUGCGGACAGAAAUCUGAUACUGGCGGAUACACAAGAAGAAAAAGGCCCCUCUAGUCUGGACGAGCUAGACUGGCUUAGACUGCAAUGGAACAAUCCGACUGAGAUGUCUCUUCAAUCUAUAUUGACUGAAUUUAUAUAUAAAGUUGGACGGCAUGUCGUUCAGGGUCAGACGACAUCGCAUACAUUCUCGGUGGCGGAAACCUUGUUCCUGCGGUCCAAAGGCUACGAUGUUGGAGAUGUGCCUGUGUGGGCAUCCGUUGUCAUGAACAAGAAUCCGGAUGUAGCUGCUCAGUAUUUCACAUUGGAAGAAACACUGCCACUUUUCCUGAUACUUUUUUUCCUCAAACGGCGUAACGUAUCCGUGGAUGCCCUUGCCAUGAUAAUAGAACGUUUACGAAGUCACGAUCUGAGGACUAGAUCUUUAGAUCCCAAAUCGGACCGUCUGAUAGAUCCGCUUUCUUUUAGCAUCGUACUUAUUCGGCUGGUCAGACAUGCACGCAAAAAAUCGCCUAUCGAUUUUCCUGCAAUAGCGAGCCUCUUAACCUCACAAAUGGAGAAGGCCAAGGGCGACUUUCCAAAACCAGGGGAGGAGACGUCAAAUUUCGUAUUCUUCUGCAACCGUUUCUUAUCGCUUCUUUCUAUGCCAGCAUCGAUACAACCGUAUUUAUCCAGCAGAUACCAAGAGACUGCCCAAUUCAAAGUCCUUCAAGCCAUGUCAGACCAUGAUCCUCCAAUACUAGUCAACCAAGAGGGAUACAGAGCGCUUGCUCGAGUCCAGCUUGCUCACGCAAAGACCGAACAGGAGCGGGAAUGGGCAUUACUGAAGUCAAAGGCGUGGCCACCCUGGAAGGAAAAUCGGACCGCAAUGGAUGAAGACAAAGGAGUAGAUGCUGGCAUAUCAAGAGCCGUCCUGACCAUGCAGCAGAUGUACGCUGCCGGUUAUCCGCCACGUCCUUGGGAGGUAAACGCCACCAUAUCUGCCGGGUGGGAUACGGACGGAAGCCCGACUAUUCAGGACCGACAUAACAUGGCGAAUGUUCCCCUCCGUAUUCGAACUGGGAAAGAGCCUUCGUACAUAACGCAUAGAUUUGAGAUUGCGCAAUGGGCUGCAAGAGUACGCGCCACAAGAACCAGACGGGAAGCUUGGGCAUGCUUUCUUGCGUAUGAGCGCACGGAUUUGCCUCCUCAUCAGAACGUUUAUCUCGCCAUGUUUACUAAAUUGCAAUAUCGAGAAACCCCUCAAGCAAGAGAUACACCAGGCCAUUCGCAAUCGUCAUCAGAAAACGGUGUCUUCCCUGGUGAUGGGAAAGAAUCCUUCCCAGAGCCUUCUUCGAUCCACGAAAUUACAUAUAUUUCGGAGCCAGUUCCAUCAUACGAAGAAUUGCUGAAUCGCAUGAUGUCUAAAAACGUCAACGUAUCUGAUAGGUUCUUAGCCUCUCUCAUCAACGGAGCCCCAUCAGAGCGUCUGGGUUUGCCAAUUCUGAAAACCUUUGGAUCUGCGUAUGGAGGUGCGAUUCAGCGACUUCUCGAUGGGUCUGUUACGAACAAAGCAGACAUUGAGGGAAUCCCGGAGCAUUUGCUUGUGGAAAUUCUAGAUUUCUUCUGCCGAGUGAAAUACGUUCCUCGUUACCCGCAGCUAAUUAAGAACGCCGCCUUUAAUCACGAUAUGUCUCUCAACUAUUUCUUCCAGAUCGUCACUACAUGUCAGCCGGAUUAUAGACCAAUGUGGACUAACUUGCUGCGCUGGGUCAACGUCGAUGGCAGAUGGCCCAAUGAUUGGACUUUCGAUUCUCAAGAUCACAGAUGGCGGUUGAUGAGCCGAAUUUUGAAGCUCCACCCGGCGCUUCUCCAGGAGCCUGACGAGCAAAGCUUUCAGCUCGUCUGUGAACGUAUUGGGCGAACGGCAAUAUCUUACUACGGCUAUGCCACGCCAGCGGAGCCUAAGGAAGAGCUGUUCGCCGGGUACUCUCAGCGUAUCCGAUCACUAUUCCGAUCCUUGAUUAGGUUUCGACCCAAAAAGAUCGGGGCAGGUCAAGUGGAUGAAAAGCACCUAAUGAUGACAGUCGUCCCCGGCCCGAGCACUCUGCAUGCAUACAUCCGCACAUUAGGCCUUAUUAGCGACUUCGAGGGCAUAUGCUCCUGCGCAUCGUGGAUGGGGCACUGGCAUCCAAUACUUCUCACACGGGCUGACACGCAAGCGAAGGGGCGAAGGAGACUCCGAGAGGCGGUGAUCGCGAUGCGGGUCUUUCUGGAACGUAGCUGGGUGGCAGUAGAGGAGCAGGAAAAGCGUGUGCAAGCGCCUACGGAGUUGAUUGAGCGUGUGAAGGGGAGCAUUGAAGGGUCACCGGAGCUUGGCGGCUGGGCGACAGACGAGGAAGUUCAUUCCUAUGUUGAGCGGAACCCCGUUAUUCGCGGAGCCCACAUCUUGACUCACGUCUACUAGAAAAGGGCUGGGCCGAAGGGCGUACGCUUUUGUAACUAGCUAUCCUGUGUAUUAGACAUGUAUACCACAUAGUAAAUUAAUCCUGUCUGGAGAUCUGGCUGUA